AUGCCUUGGUCGUGGCCUGAGAUUAAGCAGCGACUUCAAUGUCCUGUGGACGAGGACGCAGAUUAUGAGAACACAACUUGGUGCAAUCGGGACUUGAUUCCAAUUCCCCCAGAGCGGAGAACAUAUGGCGUGUGGUCGUAUUUUGGAUAUUGGACCGUGUCCGGGUCUUGCAUUUCGGCCUGGUCCACAGGGAGCACACUCCUCUCGUUUGGACUCAGUCCACAGCAGGCAAUUGGAGUAGUUAUUCUUGGCGGGUUCCUGUCCGGCUUACUGGCCGUGUUCUGCGGAUGGAUGGGCGAGAUACACCACAUUGGGUUCACUGUCUCUAGCCGGUUCUCGUGGGGGAUGCGAGGCUCUUACUUUCCCGUCAUUCUCCGCAGCUUCGUCUCGUGUAUGUGGUUCGGCAUGCAAGCCUUCUGGGGAGGACAAGCAACGCGUGUUCUGAUCGGUGCAAUUAUCCCAGGCUUCGCGCAUAUGAAAAACUACUUUGCUGAAAGCUCCCACCUCCAGACGAACGACUUCAUUGGACUGCUCAUCUGGAUGUGCGGGUUUAUACCUGCCGUUUUAAUCCGUCCAGAGAAAUUGCAGAUUCCGUUCGUUGUUUGCUUUGUUUUCUUUUGUGGAUCUUGCUUUGGAAUGUUAAUUUGGGCCGUGUCUCAGGCUGACGGACCCGGCGACCUCUUCUACGAGCCCGGCACAGCACCUAAUACUGGAUGGGCCUUUAUGUUCGGCGUUACAGCCAUCCUAGGAUCCUGGGGCUCAGGAACACUAGGCCAAUCCGAUUGGGUCAGAUAUUCAAAGAGGCGAUACGCGCCUACCCUCUCGCAGCUGGUUGCAUGCCCAGCUACGAUUGCGAUUACGGCAACGAUUGGCAUCAUCGUCACGAGCGCCAGCAAUAAACUUAUGGGCGGUGAUAUCCAGUGGAAUCCCAUUUACCUUCUUGCUGAUAUACAGGAGUAUUACGGCUCCAGUCCUCGGGUGCGUGCCGGUGUGUUCUUUGCCAGUUUGGGUAUGGUUGCAUCUCAGUUUUCAAUAAGUGUUGUCCUCAACAGUGUCAGCUGCGGUAUGGAUCUCGCGGGUCUAUGGCCGAAGUACAUCAAUAUCCGACGAGGAGGGUAUAUUAUGGCCGUUAUCGGGAUCGCCACUCAACCAUGGCAGCUCCUUUCUACGGCAGAUAAGUUCCUUUCCGUGCUCAGUGGAUUCGGCGUAUUUAUGGCGCCUGCAACAGGCCUCAUGCUGGCCGACUACCACCUCGUCCGAAGGUAUCGACUUAAACUGUCCGAUCUGUACCGCGGCGACAGCACCAGCAUCUACUGGUUUCGGCACGGGGUCAACUGGCGCGCCUUUGCAGCGUUCACGGCUGGGAUGUGGCCGCUUCUUCCCGGCUUGGCAGGAAACGUCAACGGCUGGGACUCUCCUCAGUGGGUUGGCUGGGUGCGUCUGUAUAACCUCACCUUCCUGGUUGGGCUGGCGAUCGCCUUCUUGGUAUUCUGGGCGUUGAAUUGGAUAUUCCCUGUUGCAGGCAUCGAUGAGACUGGGCCUUUUAUUGAGGUCGAUGAUGUUAUUGACGGUGUUGAGAAGUCGGAAGAUAGAUCUAGUUGUGUAAGGGAUGAUAUGUACCAGAAAGGAGUGGAGGCGUCUGUGGUUUAG